ACUUCUGCGGGUUGGGGGUGUUCUAUAUGUCAUCUCUACACAUCAGUUCACUGGGUUUAAUUGGGGGGCUCUCUUUCUCUUUUUGUCCUCCCUGGGGAGCAGGUGGGGGAGGUUGUGGGGCGGCCCGAUGUCCAGGCUGCGGGACGCCCAACAAAGGGAGGUGCUGGGGGCCUUGUAAGGCAUGGAAGGCGAGGGGGCUGCUUUUCAAAAUAAAAGCUUCCAUCUUCGUGCGGCUCAGAGUCCAUCUUCUGUAUGAACCGACGGUUUCCGGUUUAAAUAUUGUGAUGGGGGCCGGAAGUGGCUGAGCUGUGUGAUGAGGGGGCCCGGGAAGUGAUAGGCAUAAAGGAGAGAUGAGGAGAGGGGGGCAGAUCAGAGAGGGAGGCGGCGCGGCUCCAUCCUUCAUCUCAGGAGUGGCUCCAUCUGCGGCAUCAGUGAGGCCCGUCUAAGCCCAGAGGUUUUUCUCUCUCGUUGUGGUCCGGUUGGGUUCAGAUGAUGGAGAUGGUCCUUGGCUUGCUUCUUCUCAGCUCACUGUCUCUGAAGGCGGCAAUCAGUGGAGAUGUGUGCGUGUCGGGUCAUGACAGUGGACCUGUGUUUGAGGAAGAGCCGAGCAGUCUAAUUUAUCCAGAGGGCUUGACUGAAGGGAAGGUGACCCUCAGCUGCCAGGCCAGGGCCAACCCAGCAGCUUCAUACAGGUGGCUCCUGAAUGGCACUGAGGUCCCUCUGGGCUUGGAGCGCCACACUCUGGUGGCCGGCAGCCUGGUUAUCAGCAGCCCAGAGCCUGCUCGGGACACGGGCUCGUACCAGUGUCUCGCCAUCAACCGCUGCGGCACCAUCAUCAGCAGAGCAGCUAACCUUAAAUUUGGAUACCUCCAUGACUUCUCUCCUGACAGUAGAGGUCCUCAGACUGCAUAUGAGGGUGUGGGCACCUUUCUGGCUUGCCAGCCCCCUCCACAUUACCCAGCUCUGUCCUACCGCUGGUUGAUCAACGAGUUCCCGAACUUCAUCAGAGCCGACGAUGGUCGCUGGUUCGUGUCUCAGGUUUCAGGGAACCUGUUCCUUGCCAAAGCAGAGCCAAACGAUACUGCAAACUACUUCUGCUUCACCACCAUCAACCUGGACAUCAGCACCAAGAGCACCUUCAGCAAGCCCAUCCCACUCACUGUGCUGCCCAAUGCUAAUCCCAGGAAGUCAGCUCCGAGCAUCAAGGUGCGCUUCCCCGCAGAGACGUAUGCGCUGACUGGAAACACUGUGACCCUGGAGUGCUUUGCUUAUGGAAAUCCGGUCCCGAAGCUUCGAUGGAGGAAAGUGGACGGUCUAAUGCCGUCUAAAACCGGCUCUUCUGCAGAGGGCCCCACCCUCAUCCUGCCGGACCUCUCUUUUGAUGACGAAGGUGUUUACGAAUGUGAAGCCUUCAACUCAGAGGGAAGGGACACGUACCAAGGACGGAUUUCAGUUCAAGCUCAGCCAGACUGGGUUCAGGUGAUGAGUGACUCAGAGGUGGAGAUCAGCUCAGAGCUUCUCUGGAGCUGUCUGUCUUCAGGGAAACCACGCCCCUCUGUGCGCUGGCUCCGUAACGGGCAGCCUCUUACCACACAGGACCGGGUGGAGGUGAACGGAGCUCAUCUUAAAAUCAGUUCACUAGCUCUGGAGGAUUCUGGGAUGUAUCAGUGUGUGGCUGAAAACAAACAUGGCACCAUCUACGCUUCUGCUGAGCUGAGAGUCCAAGUUCAAGCCCCAGACUUCCGGUUGAAUCCAGUCCGGAGGCUAAUCCCAGCAGCUAGAGGAGGCCAGGUGAUGAUCGAGUGCCGCCCUCGAGCCGCCCCAAAGCCCAUCCUGUUCUGGAGCCGUGGGACGGAGCUGCUCGCCAACAGCAGCAGAAUCACCGUUGCUCCAGACGGAACCCUGUGGAUCCGAAAUGUCAGCCGGGCCGACGAGGGAAAGUACACCUGCUUUGCUGAAAACUAUCUGGGCAAAGCCAAUAGCACGGGACACCUGUCUGUCAGAGAUGCCACCAAGAUCACCCUCGCCCCCUCCAAUGCAGACAUCAAUCAGGGGGAAAAUGUCACGCUACAGUGCCAUGCCUCCCAUGACCCCACCAUGGACCUGACCUUCACUUGGGCCCUCAAAGGGGUCCUGCUGGACCUAGAGGACCCCGCGGGGCCGUACUUCCGUAUCCAGGGGCAGGAGAACAUCGGCGACCUGUUGAUUGUCAAUGCUCAGCUAAGCCAGGCGGGGAUCUUCACGUGCACAGCUCAGACAGUCGUGGACAGCGCCUCAGCUUCAGCUAGACUGGUGGUUCGAGGCCCCCCGGGACCUCCUGGUGGUAUUCUGGUGAAGAUGGUGACGGACACAUCUGUGGAGCUGUGGUGGAGUCACGGCCAUGAUAACCACAGCCCCAUCGGGAAGUACAUCAUCAUGGGCCAGUCGUCUCUAUCCUCAGAGUGGAAGAAGAUGAGAACAGAUCCAGUCAACAUUGAGGGGAAUGCAGAGUCGGCUCGUGUGAUUGGACUGAUGCCUUGGAUGGAUUACAGGUUCCAGGUGAUCGCCAGCAACAUCCUGGGCAAAGGAGAGCCCAGCCAGCCAUCCGCCAUGAUCCGAACACAGCCUGCAGCUCCCACUGUGGCCCCCAGUGGACUUGGUGGAGGAGGAGGAGACCAUCAAGAGCUGAUAAUGACUUGGACGCCCAUGGCCAGGGAGUACCAAAAUGGUGAUGGCUUUGGAUACAUCCUGGCAUUCAGAAAGAAAGGCACAUCGGUGUGGUCUGAGGUUCGAAUCCCACACGUGGAGUCCUCUCGACAUGUGUACUACAAUGAAAGCCUGGCGCCGUACACCCCCUUUGAGGUGAAAAUCCAGGCUUACAACCGCAGAGGAGUGGGUCCGUUCAGCCAGAUGGUGGAGGUCUACUCUGCAGAAGAAGAGCCCACAGUAGGGCCGGCGAGCAUCAACGCCACAGCCUUGUCCGCCUUUGAGAUCCAGGUGUCCUGGGAGCCUGUCCAGCAGCUGAGCGCUAAUGGAAUCUUGAGAGGAUAUGAGAUCCGAUACUGGAGACAGCAUGAGCGGGAAGCGGCCGCAGACCGAGUGAGGACUGCCGGCUUGGAACCAACUGCCAGAGUGUCAGGCCUGCGGCCCAGCACUCGAUACCACGUCGCUGUUUUUGCGUACAACAGCGCAGGCACCGGGCCGCCCUCGCCACGGACCACUGUCACCACCCGCAAACCACCUCCCAACCGUCCUCCUGGAAACGUGUCGUGGAAAAUCCAAGGCUCCCAGGUGGCAGUAAGGUGGGAUCAUGUGACAGCCAUGCACAACGAGUCAGCGGUCUUGGGCUACAAGGUUCUGUACAAGCAUGAGGACCAGACAGUUUUAAAGCUUCUAGACAAGACAAAGACGUCGGUGAGCCUGCCUCAGCCAAAAGAUAAUGGCUACGUCGUGCUGGAGAUCCGGUCUUGGGGCGAAGGUGGAGAUGGGCCGGCUCAUGAGAUCAUCGUGUCCCGAGACUCAGGAACGGGGAUGAUGGUGCAGAAUAACUCGUCCUCCAUCCCGUCCUCCAGUUUGCUACUCCUCAUCUUCUUUCUCUCUCUCAUGGACCUGUGAUCUUCGUCAUUCAGAGGACUUUUUCUGUCAUUGAAGCAGAGACUGAGCCGUGCCUAUGGAGGGGGGAUGGGGGUGCUUUUAGUUUUUUCUUACGGGAAAGAGAAUCUUUAAAGGGGGAAGGGGUGGGGAUGUCAUACCGGCAAUAUUCACCAUGUGAUCCCCUCUAAAGGGGUGGCUUUGAGGGGGGGUUGUUUACACCGACAGGAAAUGGACUGAUGAGUCGUCAUCAUUUUGCUUCACAUCCUCAGCUGGAAAACUAUCUCUGCAAUUCUACUUGGAGGAACAGACAUCCCAAUGACCUGCAGCUCUAAACACUGUUAGAUGUCCCAUGACUGUGACAUCCCGGUCAGCGUCUAUGAUUGUAGAUUGGUGACUUCACACUUAACAUUACUGAAAGAGGUACAUAAAAUUAGACGAUUUCAUGCCAGAUAUUGUUUAAGGCAUUCUUGACAUCCUCCUGUAUAUCAAUCAACAACUGGCUCCAGGUGUUGUACCAUCAGCACCAGCCAGAGUCAGAAAUACGACUAAGGAUCUGUAGACUGGUAUUAUGGGGUCUGUCUGCUCUGAAUGACGGCAGAAACUCUGCCUUAUUUCUUGUUGGCUGCUUUCCUGCUGAUAAGUUGAACCAGGCAGAGAUGAGGAGCUGCAAUCAAAGACAUAAAAAAAUAAUCCUGUCUGAAUCCACGAACUAUCAGGUUAAAGUCUACAUAACUGCUGUGACCUUGGUGGUCCGAUGAUCUGAUUGGCCCGUUUUUUUCCACAAUAGUUUGCAUUACGUCUGAGGUUUCAAAUCAGUCACAUCAAAGUCUGUGUUCUGAUUGCUUGAGGUGUAGCCUGCUCUGCUUAUGAUGUCCAUCCAAUUGGGACGUGGGACAUUCUUAUGUUUUAAGAUGUUUCAUUAGAAUUUGGAUAGAUUUGUUUCUCAUUAUCAAACAGUCCUCAAUAGUAGUCUUUCAGGCAGUAGAUGGAGUGAGAACAAUCUCCCUGCACUUCUGAUUCCCCAUUAUUGGUAAACUUCUUCUGCUCCUCUUCGUAUCUAUGGGCAUAUUUGGAAAAAAGUUCAAAUUUUGCUUCAGCUUCUCUUGUUAAUACAUUUCUUUUUUUACAUAGUCUUUCUGUUUUCACCUUUUCCUCAUGUUGGAAGCUCACAGCACCUUGUAGCACUUUGGCUUCCUGUCAGCUUGUUGCUUUUUAAAUUUCUCACAGCUCAGUUAAUCUCACUGUCGACUAAAGCUGAGAUUUCUCGCCCCGACUACCACUGUGGCCAGGUUUAUUUCCAAGAUGCUUCUGAAUUUUUUCACAUAAACAGUGAUGUGCAAAAAGUGUUGAACAUGGCUUUUAAGAAGAGGUGUAAAAAUUAAUUGACAUAAUUAAUGAAUCAAUUGAGAUUCCUAAGAUCCAACCACAUUGAUCUGUCUGAGGCAAGUUGUUAAUCGAAUCCCAUCGACCUACACUAUUGAAAAAUUGUUUAAAAAUGAAAUAAAUCAAUAAUAAUUGAUUUUGUAAAAUACCAUUUGGAUUGAGGCAAACAAUUGAGUGGUUUGUUUUAUUUUAAUGUAAAGUACCAUCACAGCAGACGUGCAUCAACCACAAAUCAUGAUAUGAAUCAAAUCUUUGUUAAAAAGAAUUGUUACUCUCACACUAUUUUAUGUACAUUGAUAACUUUGGUGCGUGCAGAGACCUGAGUUUCAACAGCAACCCAGGUUUCCUUUGCAGUUUCAACUCACACAAUGGUUAUGAGUCAUUUAUUCUGUUGACUGCUCAUUCUACAGAAACAGACACAACUAUGUCAUCAGCUAAAACGGAGUGUGAAGUUGGUAGUGGCAACACCGUCAUUUAUGAACAUCAAGGGACCAAAAACACAACCCUGAGGGGCUCCAUUACUAUCGGCGAGAGGGGAUAAGACAUGUCUCUUGUCAUACUGCCUGUGAGCGUUUGUUUGUAAAGUUAAACAUCCACUAGCCUAGGAGUGGAGUGAGUUCCAAAUGUUUCAGUUUGCUAGUGGCUGAGUGGGAUCAUCCACCCAAGACUUCUGAUUUGGAAGCAUUUUACCAACAUUUAUCUGCACUGUAUCAAACUAGAUAAAUCCCACAAUAGUAUGUGUCCUGUUUCCCAACACAACCUCCCUCUGAACUGGGGGUUGUGCUUUUAGCUUUUGUUUACUUUUUAUUGCAAUUAUUGCAAAUGUUCUUAACAGUUAAUGAAUAACAGCCUAUACAUCUGACUAACAUGUUACAUAAAGAGGAGUUGUUGUAAUAGCCCAUGCUGAUCAUGAAACUGUCACUAUGAAGAAGAAAACUCCUCCUGCUGCAGCAGAACCAGACUCCAUAACCAUCUGCAACAAUGGCAUUCAUGGAUGAGGAAGAGGAAGAUGGGGAAGAAUCCCCCCCAUUGGUCCCGUCUAUAGCAGAAACACUAGGAUCCAAAAAAAUGGUCUGUAAAAUAACAAGAAUGUAUGUUUUCUUCUAAGUUUGGUUUAAUUGUAUUGAAAUAUUUUAUCUAAUAGAAUGUCUGGGUUGUCAGCCACCACAAACAGAACUCCAUGCCUGGCUUACGGAUGUGUAGCUCCUCACAGAGUUAAACUCUGCUUCAUCUAUGAUGCAGAAGAUUGUCUUAACCUUUCUGCCGGCAUUCGUCUUUGUCCAUACCGGUCUCCAACCCUCUCAUCUGAGUGGGUUAAGGAUGACAGAGGUGUCACUUGUAAAUAUGAUUUCAAAUAAACAUCUUGGAUUGUUCUCCAGCACUGUA